AUGGCGAGAGUGGAUGAGCGGUUGGAUCAAGUGGUCAAUCAGUUGACUGAUCGGAUGGCCGAUUUGAUCAAUCGUAGGAGGCAGGGACCCAAUGACGGGUAUGGUUCUGAUUUUAGUAACCCAUUUGGUGACGGUUCGGCUUCCGAAGACGAACAGGAAGGGCGACCAAGGGGUGAACGUGGAGGGGGUAACAGGCGUUGGGAUUCUGGGAUUAGAGUUGAUAUUCCAGAAUUUGAUGGGUCUAGUUUGAAUCCAGAGGGGUUCAUCGAUUGGUUGGCUACCGUGGAGGAGGUGUUUGAAUACAAGGAGGUGCCUGAAAAUAAGCGGGUGGCCUUGAUCGCUACCAGGUUACGUGGUAGGGCCUCUGCGUGGUGGCAACAAUUGAAGUUAACACGAAACAGGCUCGGGAAGUCAAGGAUCGUGACAUGGACCAAGAUGAAAAAAUGCUUGCGGUCCAACUUUUUGCCUCAUAACUUUCAAAGGUUGAUGUACCAGCGUCUGCAGAAUUUAAAACAGGGGGCUAAAUCGGUUGAUGAUUAUACAACUGAGUUUUACCAGUUGAUUGCAAGGAAUGAUAUUCAAGAACCGGAGGAGCAACUUGUCUCUCGGUAUAUUGGGGGUCUAAGGGUUCAGAUCAUGGAGGCUGUGAAUCUUUUUGAUCCGUUAACCAUUCAUGAGGCACACCAACGGGCGUUGGCCUUUGAGAAGCAAAACCGUCGGGUGGGCGGUUCAUUUACCCCCGCUGGGGGAAACGUUGGGUCAGGCAGUGGGGCACCUCGUGGCGGGCCUAGUCAGGGGAAGCCGGGGGGUAGUAAUACCGGGCCUACUUCUAAGGGGGCUAGCAGUAGUGGUCCCAGAUGUUUCAAUUGUGGUGAAACAGGCCAUCGUCAAACUGAGUGCAAAAAGGCUGGUAAAAGACACUUAUUUGCUGAGUCUGAAGAUGAACAGUAUGAAGAGUAUGAGAAUAACCCAGUCUACGAUGAGGAAACUGAAUAUGAAGAGGAGGUUGUGACCGGUGAUGUUGGGGUGAGUUUGGUGGUUAGACGUUCUUGCUAUACACCAAAGGCAGAUGGGGAUGAUUGGCUGAAGCAUAACAUCUUCCACUCAACAUGUACUAUUUUGGGAAAGGUUUGCACGUUCGUCAUCGAUUCCGGGAGUUGUGACAAUCUGAUUUCUGAAGAGGCAGUCCAAAAGUUGGCCUUGAAGACAGAGAGUCACCCGAAACCGUACAAGCUUCAAUGGCUGAAAAAGGGAGGUGAAGUGACGGUAUCUAAAAGGGCACUUGUUUCAAUUUCCAUUGGGUCCACGUACAAGGAUGAUGUCGUGUAUGAUGUGGUCCCUAUGGACGCGUGUCACUUAUUGUUGGGCAGGCCUUGGGAGUACGAGCGUAAUAUAGAACAUAACGGGCGGUCCAAUACGUAUAGUUUCCUGUUUGGUGGUGUGAAGAUCACUCUUGUUCCUAGCAAGCCUAAGCAAUUAGCCACGAAACAGUCGGGCACUCUGUUGACCAUUAGUCAGUUUCAAGAUGAGUUGGAGGAAGCAGACAAUGUUUUUAUUUUGAUUGGGAAGCCUGUGGCCGAGGAAGUCGACAUUCCUGAAUGUUUGGUUCCGUUAUUCGAGGAGUUUGUUGAUGUUUUCCCAGAUGAUUUACCUGCCGGGUUGCCACCCCUACGAGACAUCCAACAUCACAUUGAUUUGGAACCGGGGUCACAGCUACCCAAUAAGCCCCAUUACAGAAUGAGUCCAAAGGAGCAUGAGGAAUUACGUCGGCAGGUUGAAGAUUUAAUUUCUAAAGGGUAUGUUCGGGAAAGCAUGAGUCCUUGUGCUGUUCCUGCUCUGUUGAUGUCACACCCCGACCACGUGUCACAGUUGACUCCAAAGAAGGAUGGGACGUGGCGUAUGUGUGUUGACAGUCGUGCAGUCAACAAGAUCACUGUGAGGUACAGGUUUCCUAUUCCUCGACUUGAUGAUUUGCUUGAUCAAAUUAGCGGUGCCACUUUUUUCAGGAAACUAGACUUGAAGAGUGGGUAUUACCAGAUCCGACUCAGGCCUGGGGAUGAGUGGAAAACCGCCUUCAAGACUCGUGAGGGGUUGUAUGAAUGGUUAGUGAUGCCUUUUGGCUUGUCCAAUGCCCCUAGUACGUUUAUGCGGGUCAUGAACCAGUUGUUUAGGCCCUUUAUUGGCAAGUUUGUUGUGGUUUAUUUUGAUGAUGUUCUUAUUUAUAGCCCUAAUUUUGAUGAGCAUGUGAAGCAUGUACGGCAGGUUUUGACCUUGCUCCGAAGGGAUAACUUGUAUGCAGCUAGAAAGAAGUGUGUCUUUAUGGUCCCUAAGGUCCUGUUUUUGGGGUAUGUUGUUUCUGGUGACGGGAUACAGGUGGAUGAAUCCAAGGUAGCGGCUGUUAAGCAGUGGCCAACCCCCACUACAAUAACUGAAGUACGUAGCUUCCAUGGUCUUGCUUCAUUCUAUAGACGGUUCAUUCGAAAUUUCAGUUCCCUUAUGGCACCAGUGACUGACUGCAUGAAGGGAAAGACCUUUAUAUGGACUGAGGAGGCAGAAUCAGCUUUUCAGUUAAUCAAAGAAAAGCAUACAUCAGCACCAAUUCUUAUUUUGCCAGAUUUUUCUCGGGUUUUUUAG